CGAUUGAUUUCUGCCCUAACCAGCCCGGGAGAGAAGGACGGCUCUGGCACAUUCCAGGAGAAGGACCCCUGGGCCACACCCUUGGCCGGGCCAGGACUGAGUCAGGUAGAGGAGUCGAUAAAACCACCUGAUCACGGAGAAGGACGGCAGAGCCGGGCGCAGAGGAGCACUCCCCGCCGCCCAGCGCCGGCCGCGACCCGCACGGCGCCGGCCAUGCCCGCGCUCUGGCUGAGCUGCCUCUGCGCCGCGCUGCUCCUGCCCGCGGCCGCCGCCAGCGCCAGGAGGGAAGUCUGCGAGUGCAAUGGGAAGUCCCAACAAUGCAUCUUUGACCAGGAGCUUCACUGGCGGACAGGCAAUGGGUUCCGAUGCCUCAACUGCAAGGACAACACUGAUGGCCCACGCUGCGAGAGGUGCAGGGAGGGCUUUUACCGGCGGCGCCAGGACAGGGAUGUCUGCCUGCCCUGCAACUGUCACUCCAAAGGUUCUCUCAGUCCUCAGUGUGACAACUCUGGACGGUGCAGCUGUAAGCCAGGUGUGACAGGAGACAGGUGUGACCGAUGUAUGCCAGGCUUCCACACGCUCGCCAAUGCUGGGUGCACCCAGGACCAGAGACACCUAGACUUCAAGUGUGAUUGCGAUCCAUCUGGCAUUGCGGGUCCCUGUGACUCUGGCCACUGUGUCUGCAAACCAGCUGUCACCGGAGCACGCUGUGACAGGUGUCGACCAGGUUACUAUCAUCUGGACGCAGGAAAUCCCGAGGGCUGUACCCAGUGCUUUUGCUAUGGUCACUCUGCCAGCUGCCGCAGCUCCACAGAGUACAGCGUGCAUAAGAUCACCUCCACCUUCCAGCGAGAUGUCGAUGGCUGGAAGGCUGUCCAAAGAAAUGGAUCUUCUGCAAAACUCUACUGGUCGCAACGUCACCAGGAUGUGUACACCUCAGCCCGAAGAGACCCUGUCUUUUUUGUGGCUCCUGCCAAAUUCCUUGGGAAUCAGCAGGUGAGCUACGGACAAAGCCUGUCUUUUGACUACCGUGUGGACAGGGGAGGCAGACACUCAUCCGCUCAUGAUGUGAUCCUGGAAGGAGCUGGUCUGCAGAUCACAGCUCCCUUGAUUCCACGUGGGAAGAUACUGCCCUGUGGAAUCACCAAGACUUACACCUUCAGGUUAAAUGAACAUCCAAGCAGUAACUGGAGCCCCCAGCUGAGUUAUUUUGAGUAUCGAAGGUUACUGAGGAACCUCACAGCCGUCCGGAUCCGAGCUACAUACGGAGAGUACAGUACUGGGUACAUUGACAAUGUGACCCUGAUUUCAGCCCGUCCCGUCUCUGGCGCCCCAGCACCCUGGGUUGAACACUGUAUGUGUCCUGCUGGGUACAAGGGGCAGUUCUGCCAGGAUUGUGCUUCCGGCUACAAAAGAGAUUCAGCAAGACUGGGGCCUUUCGGCACCUGCAUUCCAUGUAACUGCCAAGGGGGCGGGGCCUGUGAUCCCGACACAGGAGACUGUUAUUCAGGGGAUGAAAAUCCCGACAUCGAGUGUGCGGACUGUCCCAUUGGUUUCUACAACGAUCCACAGGAUCCCCGCAGCUGCAAGCCAUGCCCCUGUCACAAUGGGUUUAGCUGCUCUGUGAUGCCGGAGACAGAGGAGGUGGUGUGCAACAACUGCCCCACUGGGGUCACUGGUGCACGCUGUGAGCUCUGUGCUGAUGGCUACUUUGGGGACCCCUUUGGGGAACGUGGCCCAGUGAGGCCUUGUCAGCCCUGCCAAUGCAACAACAACGUGGACCCCAGUGCCUCUGGGAACUGCGACCCGCUGACAGGCAGGUGUUUGAAGUGCAUCCACAACACGGCUGGCCUCAACUGUGACCAGUGCAAAGCAGGCUACUUUGGAGACCCACUGGCUCCUAAUCCAGCCGACAAGUGUCGAGCUUGCAACUGCAACCCUGUGGGUUCAGAGCCUGGCCAGUGUCGCAGAGAUGGCAGCUGCAUUUGCAAGCCAGGAUUUGGUGGCCUUAACUGUGAGCGCAGAGCAUUGGCCAACUGUCCAGCUUGCUACAAUCAAGUGGAUACUGAGAUGGCGCAGUUUAGGGAGCAGCUUCAGGACUUGGAGGCCCUGAUUUCAAAGGUGCAGAGUGGCAGCGGCGCAGUACCCAGUUCAGAGCUGGAAGGCAGGCUGCGGCAGGCUGAGCAGGCCCUUCAGGACAUUCUGAGAGAAGCCCAGAUUUCAGAAGGUGCUAGUAGAUCCCUCAGUCUCCAGUUGGCCAAGGCAAGGGGCCAAGCAAACAGCUACCGGGACCGCCUGGAUGACCUCAAGAUGACUGUGGAAAGAGUUCGGGCCCUGGGCAGUCAGUAUCAGAACCGAGUUCAGGAUACUCGAAGGCUCAUCGCACAGAUGCGCCUGAGCCUGGCGGAAAAUGAAGCUUCCCUGAGCAACUCGGACAUUCCUCCCCCUGACCCGUAUGUGGGACCAAAUGGCUUUAAAAGUCUGGCUCAGGAGGCCAUGCGGCUGGCAGACAGCCAUGUUGAGUCAGCCAGUAACAUGGAGCAACUGGUAAGGGAAACUGAGGAUUAUUCCAAACAAGCACUAUUACUGGCCAGCAAGGCUGUGAGUGGAGGUGUCGGAAAUGACGUCACUGACAUCCAUGCAAUACAAGGACUUAUGGGAAAGUUGGAGAAAACCAAGUCCCUGGCCCAGCAGUUGUCAAGGGAGGCCACGCAGACUGACACUGAAGCAGCUCAGUCCUACCAGCAUAGUCUUCGCCUUCUAGAUUCUGCAGCUCAGCUUCAGAGAGUCAACGAUCAGUCGUUCCAGGUAGAAGCAAAGAGGAUCCGACAGAAAGUUGAUUCUCUCUCAAGCCUGGUGACCAGGCAUACAGAUGACAUCAAGCAGGUGCAAAGCAAUCUGGGAAACUGGGAAAAAGAGGCCCAGCAGCUCUUACAGGAUGGAAAGAAUGGGAGACAGAAAUCAGGUCAGCUGCUUUUCCGUGCCAACCUUGCUAAAAGCAGAGCCCAAGAAGCACUAAGUAUGGGCAAUGCCACUUUUUAUGACGUUGAGAACAUCCUAAAGAACCUCAGAGAGUUUGACCUGCAAGUAGAAGAUAAAAAAGCAGAAGCUGAAGAGGCCAUGAGGAGACUCUCCCUCAUCAGCCAGAAGGUCGCAGAUGCCAGUGACAAGACGGAGCAAGCGGAAGGGGCCCUGGGCAGUGCCACUGCUGAUGCGCAGCGGGCAAAGAGCGUAGCGAGGCAGGCGCUGGGUAUCAGUGGUGAAACAGAACAGGAGAUAGGGAGUCUGAACUUGGAAGCCAAUGUCACAGCAGAUGGGGCCUUGGCCAUGGAAAAGGGAUUGGCCACACUAAAGAGUGAAAUGAGGGAGGUGGAAGGCGUGCUGGCCAGGAAGGAGCUGGAGUUUGCUACAGACAUGGAUGCGAUGCAGAUGGUGAUUACCGAAGCACAGAGGGUUGAUUCCAGAGCCAAGAAUGCAGGUGUUACAAUCCAAGACACUCUCAACCUGUUGGACAGCAUCCUCCACCUAAUAGACCAGCCUGGGAGCAUGGAUGAAGAAGGACUGGCCUUAUUGGAGCAGGAGCUUUUCCAAACUAAGACCCGGAUUAACAGCCAACUGAGGCCCUUGAUUACAGAGCUGGAGGAGAGGGCACGUCGACAGAAGGGUCACCUGCACUUCCUGGAGACGAGCAUAGAUGGAAUUCUGGCAGAUGUGAAGAACUUGGAGAACAUCAGGGACAACCUGCCCCCAGGCUGCUACAACACACAGACUCUGGAGCAGCAGUGAAGCUGAACCUGACUGAGCUUCUUGGGAUGCAGGCCUCAGGGACCAGGGCGCCAUUGUGUGUGUGUGUGGGGUGGGGGAUGGGGGCAUUGGGACAUGCUUGAUGGAUGCGCUCAGGUCAACUGAACCUGACCCCAUCCCUGAGAUCAUGCUGCCCCCCCCCGCCCCGAUGUCUUACUGUACCAGCUCAGUACUGUUUGCUUCCUGAAACUUUGGGGCAAUGAGGCAGAUGGCAUGGGGUGUGAGACUGACGGAGGACCCGAGCACCCAAGAGUAGACUGGUUGGCAAGAAAAACUCACAGGCAGGUAUUUGCCUCCCAACAGUCAGAAACAGAGUUCUGGGAUCUGGACAAGUGCUGCUGGGUUGUAGUCCUCUUAUGUGAGUAAUGUGACUAAAAGUAAUAGUUCUUACUUCUUCCAAGCAUUCAGAAUUCUUCCUGAUGUCCAAACAAAGUAACGUCCAAUCACACUAUGGCCAGUAAAAUCCUGUUGCUUCCUAUUGUCCACUGCAGGCUUCCUUAUGACAGAGUGCCUCCCACUUACUACCCUUCCAUGAGGGUGUGCUCCACCGGGAAGCUAGAUGUGAGCAGGAAUGGACUGAGGGCCCGGAAGCAUGGCCUGGUCCAUUGGCAGCAGUGGUGCUAGUUGAUGACUGUCACCUUUGUGCUUUGAGCCCAGGAGUUACCCUUUCUCAUAAUAAUGUCAUGGCAUCUUGGAAAUAGUAUUUUUAGUAAAGCAUUUUUUUUACCAGCAAAUCAAAUAUUGCAAAGGUAUUUAUGUUUGGGUUUCAAAGUGAUAGAGAAAAUAUCACUUGGGCAUUGAAUGAGGCAAAAUUAUA